GUGUGGUUCCAGAACCGUCGUGCGAAGUGGCGUCGCCAGGAAAAGAUGGAGCAAGCACAGCUGCGGCUGCACGAGCAGUCGAUGGGUCUGCUGCACCGCCCCUCCGGCCACCCCGGCCCCCUCGACCACUUCUUCCCGCCCCUGCUGCCCGGCCUCGUGCCCUCCCUCCCUGGAUUCCUCACCCACCACCACGCCACCUACCCGUCUUACCUCACCCCGCCCACCUCUUCCGCAAUGGGCGUGGGUCCGCCGCCACCUUCCAUCACCACGUCGACGGCUCCACCUGCCUUUACCACGCCCCCGCUCCCAAUGUCCCCGCCCCUGUCUACGCCCUUGCAGGACCGCGCCUCUCCUUCCUUGGCACCCGAGGAUGACCUUCGCUCCUCCUCCAUUGUGGCCCUCAGACUGCGGGCCAAGGAGCACCUGGAGAGCCUCGUCAAGACCUCCACCCUCGUCUGAGUCCACUCCCACUCAACCUGCCCGCAGCUCUGCUGAAUCCCACCAAAGCCAUUCACUCCACUUCCAAACCACGCAACUAGACUACGCAGUCAUCUGCAUUCCACUCCACUCAACUAGACUUGGGAUUGUUUGAGUCCUAUUGAACCCCACUCAACCCACUUCAACCCAGUAAGACAGACCUUGAGGACGUUAGUAUCUCAGACUACCUUAGCGUCGUCUCCUGGGAUCGUCUGACACGUUAACACGACUUAGCUUCACUCUUCUCUAUACAUAAGAAGGACUCAUCAUAUACAGAGCUAAGACGUGAGCAGGGCAGUGAGGGAGGAGGUCCUACCUAGAUGCUCUUGUGCCAAAUAUUGGUGUCGCAGACCAAGAUUAUAAAGUGUCAAAGUGUGAACGUACAAUAGUGCUGUAAACCAUGAGUGUAUACAAUAACAUAAACAGCGGAGGAAGAUGUUAAGUAUAUAAACAAGGGUGGUGACACUGCCCUGCAUGAUGUACCAACUCUGGACUACACUGUUGGGACUCCUGCCACGAGCCAGUGUUUGAGGGACUCAUGAGGCAGCGUCACACGUGAGGUGAUACACAAACAUUUAAGUGUGGAAGUUUAAAUUUGGAC